GAAUAGCACAGUCCAUUUCAUAACGGCGUGGUGCAGUGAUUUGGCAAUUAUUAUCGGCGAUAGUAACUUUAUUUUUAGUCCGAGUGGGUGAAAUCCUUCAAGCCCACACUGGAAGAUAAAUGAUUACGCGGCGACAACAUGCAUCAUGGUUUGAACAUCUGUUUUUUAGAAGAAAAAAAAAAUAUACAAACAUUUGGACAAAGGAUAUCGAUCGCAGAUGACUAGAGCUCACGAGGGGAAAACCCUUUAUGUCGAUGAAUUUCGAUUGGGAUUAUAAUGUUUACUGAAUCAGUUUUGAAUGUGAUCUGGUGAAACGGAAAGUGAGUUUUAGUCAAUUUGAUCAGCGUAGCUUAGUACACCGUUACACUGAAUUGAUACGUCAACAGGUUCCUUAUGAACUGAGGUAGUGUAUCCAUUUUAAAGCCAUGAAACCAGCACAUACACAAUUCCGGGACCAAGUCAGUACGUUGGUCAACUGGUUUUCGAAUUGGAAUGAGUGUGAACAGACGAUUGCUCUCUACACUUUACUGAAGAGGAUUUCGAAUACUCAAGCAAGGUUUUUGUCACUUAUACUAGAGCACACAUUUCGAGAUGACCCAGUGGAAAUCCAGUUCCUUCAAAAGCAAGCUAAUGACAAAGUGCAUGCAGCUGCUUUCUCUUGCUCUUGUACAUCCUGCUUUUCCCCCAGAGGAGAGGAACUCACUGCUCUGUUGGCUAAGUCACCUGGAGAAAACCAUGGGUAUAAAGGAGAGACAAAACUCAGGACCAGGCAGACUACAGACUACAGAUAGCGGAGAACACUGCGACAACCUUGUGAGGCAAAACUACAUGAGCGGACGCAUGAAUGGUUGGCGCAAUCAGCAGCUUGUCCAUCGGGACUCCGGCAUYGGUGCCUCAUUUGAUAUGCAGUCGUAUGGUAGCUAUGGCAGCAUGGGGUCAUCAAUGUCUUCGAUGAUGCGCAAAAGUCGCUCAAACUCACUCACACCGCCACCAACUGUCGAUGAACAGGACUCKAUUAUGGAUGAUUAUCAUGAUUGUCUUCAAGUUGAAAUCCGCCCGGGCAGGUCCCAGUCUUUCCCAGUCGAUCCUCAUCAUCUUAAUCAYCAGCUGUCUCCCCAGUCUUCUACUGAAAGUGAGCAGGACGAUUCCUUUCUGUAUCAAAGAGCUAGUAGUGUUAACGAAGAAGCUAAACCAGGAAUGAAAGAUGUCCCUGCRUGGCUUAAGAGCUUACGACUGCACAAAUAUGGCAGUUUAUUUGCUCAGCUGUCUUAYGAAGAGAUGCUGGAUCUGGAUGAUAAACACCUUGAUAGCAAAGGUGUCACAAAAGGAGCGAGGAAUAAGAUAUUGUUGAGCAUAAAAAAAUUGAAAGAAAGGGGAGAUACACUCCAGCAACUUGAGAAGGAUGUUCUACAGACUAAUAAGCUGCAGAAUGUACUCUCAGAAUUGAAGCUUAUUGUUAAUACUCCUAUAAAACCUUUCAACCCACCCCCUGGUAUCCCUACCACAAUAGCUGAUGGGAACAACGCAACAGGUGUGGCUGCUGGAGCGGCCAUGGAACAACCAGGGGCUGUUAAUGUACCUCCUCAUCCCGAUGACUUACCCGCAUGGAUUACAAGAGUUAUGGGUAAAGCUUGUACCCAGAUCCUGGUGUCUAGAGCUGAUGAGGAACAUUGUAAUCUAUGCCUUCAUCUGCUGGACAGAACUCUUAUGUCUGAGGCAUUCACUCCAAAUCAAAAGCGCCGGCUUCAUUCUUGGAAACAACAAUGCCAAAGGUUGGCCAGACAGCAACAGUUUGCAAGAAGGCCAAGUUCUCAAGAAAAGUCAAGGGGGUGGUACUACCCAUACCUAUCUAACGCUCCUAUUGAUCCUGUCAAUAGCCUGUGCCCCCCUGCUGGACCAGGGGGACCGUCAAAGCGUCAGCGAGGAUCACCUCGUAACAUGACUAAGAGUGCAUCUGCUGGUCAGAGAAGUAACAGUACAGAAACUCAACCAAGUUCUGGAAAGGCCAGAUUGGUAAGAUCGCAUGCCAUUGUUGGCAGGACCAAGUCAUUACCAAUYAGGACUACUGUUUCUCAAGGUUCACUACAGCAACAAAAUUCAGCAGACAUGGAUGGAAUAGAUAACAGUCUUGAGUCACUAUGUCUUAGGAUGACAGAGCAAGCUCUAUCAGAUAGUUCCGGUGACAGAACAUAAAGGAUUGAUAUUAAACAAAGUAUGUGCGGUGAAUGUAACAAAGUUGCAUUUGUUGUUGUGAGUUGUAGUCCUAAGAAUAAUAUUAUUUUGUCACUGUGUUGUAUACAAAGACAAGUUUAGCUGUCUUUCAAAUCCCAGGAGAUUUAUAGCGGACAAAAAAACAAAAAUAAAUUUAUAGCUUGUUCUGUUGUGUUUAUUAUAAAAGAAAGAAAAAAAUAUUUCUAGUACAUAACACCUAAGAACCAAGUCAGUCAAGGUCAUUAUGAGCUGCCAACAUGCAAAGUGUACA